AUGGCUUCUAAUAAUUCUGGCGAAGGAGCAGAAACCGUUGAGAUCACUGAGUUAAAUGCUAUCAAAAGCAUAAAAAACGAUGAGAUAAUCGUUGAAAAGGCAGGAGCUGAUUCAAGUGACGAGAAGAGAGAGAAAGCAAGACAUCAUUUCUCUGAGCCGUGGGAAGACAGUGAUGUGAUUCUAGUUGUGGAGAAUGAAAACUUUCAUGUUCAUCGCCUGAUACUGAGUAUGAACUCACCAGUGUUCAAAGCGAUGUUCAAAUCUCAGUUUAAAGAGGCAACCGCCAACGAGAUUCCACUGCCUGGGAAAAAUGUAAAGGGAGUCUUGGACUUUUUGAUGAAAAUUUAUGGGCCCCAGUAUACAAAAAAAGAAGUGGAAUUCACAAUGGAAAACGUGGAACAACUUAUGCAGUUGAGUGACGAGUAUCAAGUAACAGAACACAUUUUCCAACCUUGUGUGGAGUUCCUUGAAGACGAACCUAAAACUAAGGAAAAUGUCAUGAAGAUUCGAGCGCUUGCGGAGUUUUAUGACUUGGAGAAAGUGCGUCAAGACUGCGACAAACUGCUCAAGGGUAUGACGCUGGGGACUCUCUCUAAAACCGUCCAGUUUGAAAAUGUUGAGAAGGAUAAACUGCAGCAUUUUCUGACGCAGAGGAUUGAAGUGCUAGAAGGAUAUCUGGAGAAAUUGUAUCUACAAUUCAUGGGCCUCUUGGAGGGUUGUUUGCGGUUGUUCCAUGAGGAUAGACAGUACCUGCUGCAAUGGUGUCCUAUUCAUUUCAGCAACGGAAAAGUUAAAGCAAGAAUCAAACUUGAUGAGUGUAUCAAGGGUUGUAAAACUUGUCAAGGAAUGUUGGGUCAUUUUGCUUCAAAUAUCUCUCUGAACUUUAAUGCCGAAAAUAGUUUGCCAAGUAUAAUUCAGAGAUACUCUCAGGAGACUGUUCUUGGAGGUGCAGUUCUUGUGGGUAUGCUCUUCAAUAUAUCUUCCAAAGAGCCAAGAGGUGGAAUUCCACCAGGCCUCAGUCUGCAGAGUGUGGCAGAAAAUUUGGGUCAGGGUGUUAUUCCAGCUAAUGUUAAUUUCAAGGAAAAUUCAUUAAAUUAA